AUGGUUCGCAAUGGCAGCCCCUCGCCGGCGGAUAAUUUUCCCCUCGGACAUUCUGCAACCUCCCCACAGCCGCAGCCUUCAAAACGCGACAAGCGACGCAACAUGCUUGCCGAGAAGCUCUCCGAGAUGAUGGCGGCCUUCUCGGACAACCGCGAUAGUCAUUACAGAGCUCAAUUAGCUGCGCUGCAAGCUGACAUCAACCUCAUCAUGAAGGCCGACCCCUACAAGAAUGAACCGCUGGAAGACAACGGACAAGAGGCGUCUGAGCUGAUCGCACAGAUCAUGGGCAACAACAUCCCUACUGCGCCUAGCGCUGGUACCGACUAUGUUGCGCAAUGCGGAAAACACUACUCACGCUUCGUCGACGCUGUCAAUGACGCUAUGGAGGAGCGCGACUACAACCUUACAAUGCUCUACAAUAAGCACGAGAGCACCAAGAACGAUGUCGAGAACGCCCACCAUUACAAAGUCAAAAUUGCCGAAGAGGAACACAAAGCAUUAGCAGAGACGAUUCGCGAACGUCUAAAGGCCAGCAUACAGCAGCGUGCAAACAGGCUGAAACGUGAGAAGGAGCAGUUGGAUAUCUCCGACAGCAAUGCAAUGCUUCUGCACCCCAACCAAUUCAGCAUCGGGCACCCCGUUAGCCCGGGUGGGCCACAAGCACCGCGCAAGACACGAAGAACAGGACAUAAGUUCGGCGGUGAAGCCGAGGAAGUCGCAGCUGCAGCAGAGAAGUCGCGCAAGCGCAAGCUGUUCGACGAGAACGAGAUCGACUCACCAGGGCCUUCUGGCCGCAACGUCGAGAUGGGCAAUGCCUCGCCGUUCCGUGAGGCCAAGGCGCGUACUAUGCAUACUCAGUUUGAAGCCUCCGCCUUCUCGCUCGAUCGUCUCUUUACUGAGAAGGAACUCAAUAUGGCCAUGACAAAUGCGACCAAUGCAGCCUCCCAUUUCUUUGCUAAAAUGAAGACGAACGAGCCCACCAACGCCGACACCAUGACAAACGGCAAUGCCCAUACGAAUGGCGACCACGCAUCCGAGAAUGGCGACAUCCCUGAAGCAGAUCAGGACUCCGACGAAGUUGCCGGCGCUACAGAUAUGGCCCGCCAAGUCUCCUCGAACCCACACGCUACCCGCGGCGCAACUCGCUCCACGACGUCGAUAACGAACGGCCAGAUACCCUUCAUAUACAACCCACCUUUUGUUCUUGAUCAGAAGAUUUUCCAGAAAGUCAACGCCUCAGCACCAACACCGCCUCCACUUGCACCACAGGACGUUGAUCAGGAUCUGAAGCUCAUGCUGAGAGAGGCACGGCCAGACGAUGAGCUCAACGAACGAUUGCUACAAGCCGCAUGUCAACCAGUCAAAAUGAGAGACUACCAAGUCCAGCCUCCAGGGUUCACGGAACCUGUAAACGAGAUCACCUCCCACGUUCGCACUGUUGUACCACACCUUGAAGUUGGAGGGAUGGGUGGAGUGCCAAUGAGCGCGCAAAGCAGCAUGGCAGGGUACAGCGAUGCUGGCGGGUACACGCCUCUAGGCAGAUCUGGAGAAGCAAGUACAGGUGUGCCGAUGGCUAGGACAGCUAGCGGGAGAGGACGCGGUAGAGGACGAGGACAAGGCUAA